AGUAUAAAAACUGAGAUUUAACGAUUAUCAGACAUCAUUAGUUUUACAGAUCUCAGUUAACAAUACAAAAUGAAGGUUACAAUCGCUUUCGUAUUGGUCCUCGGAUCCGUGUCAGCUCUCGGCUCAGGACCUUAUCUGCCCAGCGGCUGGAAACCAGACGGACCAGCUUUUUAUCUUCCAUCCGAAACUGAGGUAAAACCAGAUAAUCCUCUGAAAGAAGUUCUGUACCAAGAAACUGAGGCGUCGGGCUCCGAGGGUCUGCGCGAGUAUGGUCCUCCCAAGGUGGAGAUCAACCAGGGUCUACCUGAUGAGGUGACCGAACAGCUCUUCUCUUCUGAAGUCGUAGAAACUAAAUCCGAAGUGGCUGUAGAAGAAAAAGAGACUAUUACUGAAGUUGUAGUAGAAGAAAAGGCAGUUGAAAAAGAAGAAGUUGCGGUCACCGAAUCCGCAGUUGCUGAGGAAGGAAAGGCAGAACAGACGGAGUCAGUAAACGCUGGCUCAGUGGAAGUUGCAGUCACCGAGACUACUGUUGUUCAGGAAGAAAAGAAGACAGACCAGGUGGAGGCAGUUGAAGCUGAAGCUGUAACUGUUGCAGUAACAGAGUCUGCUGUUGUUGUUGAAGAAAAGAAGAUAGAGCAGGAAGAUUCGGUUGUAGCUGCCGCUGUAGAAGCUGCAGUCCAGGUUGCAGUUGAACAAGUCACUAGUGCUUCUGCUGAAGAGAAUGCAAUACAACAAACCGAAGAGGCCACUGAAAAUCUGGAACAAACGAUAACCGCUGAAGUCACAACUGACACUGUAAAGACAACCGUUGAAGCAGUCACUGAAGCUGUAUUGACAGUCGCAAAUGAAGAAUCACAGCAGAACAUAGUUGAACAAACCGUCAAAGAGAAUACUGAAUCAAAAGUCGUUGAACAGACUGUCGAAGUCAAAGUUGAGACGACCGACGCCCUAAAUGCCGAGCAGGAAAUAAAAACUGUUGAAGAAGGCAUCAAGAAUAUAGCCGAGGCUUUAAUGAUUCUCGAAAAUGAGGUCAAAGCCGAACAGGUCGCCACUGAAGUUCAAAAAACGGACGAAGUUUCAACUAACGCUGAAGUCCCGAUUGGCUUUCUCGAAUACGGCCCCCCCGGCUUCAGGGAGUACGGGCCACCCAAAGGGGAUGAGCUGUUGAGGACUGUCGUUCAGGAAUCAUUGAGCCUCCAGCCCUUAGCCAGCAACGAGCUUAGGAAGCGUCGCUUCUCUCCUAAAUUCAGGUCAACUAAGAAGCACUGAAGAUAUCAAAGCGAAUUUUAAUCAUAUUAAUCGAUUUACAGUAUUACGUAAUUCAGUUAUAUUAUUAUAUAAUUUCAUUUAUGAACAAAAUGUACUUUACAGCUAAAUAAAUAUGUGAGAAGAUUCCGUAGAAAGCGAUAUUGUUUAUCUAAAGAGACAAUACAAUAUUAUAACAUGGACAAAAGCAAAACUGACUUAUGUAAAUACCUAAUGCUGUUUAACUAAGCUUACGUUGGCGUUCCAAAGAUGGCCGCUUGGCGCCAAAUUCACAAAUUAUCUGUCAAAAAUGAAAUUAGUAUGAAUUAUCACAAAUAUUUUUUGUGAUCUAACCUGUAUUUCUGUGAUUUGAUUAAAAAGGAGAAAUAAUUCUUAGACGCGGCUUCGCAUACUGCCAUGAUUUAGCAUAAAUAAUUAAUAGUCUUGUAAUCUUUUAGGUAAAUGUAUUUUUACAAAUCGAUGAAUUAAAAAAAUAAAAAAAAAAUACUAGUAAAGGUUUUCAAACUACAGUAGUAGGUAGUGAAAAUGGAAAAUGUAAUCUAUCAAGUUUUUUUUUGGUUUCUCGUCGAUCUAAUGAUAUAACGCAUAUUUAUUUCUUCACCCUAAGACAUAUGAGACGUGCAAAAAUCGAUUGAUUGGCACAGUGUUGCCUAUUUUUGAGAAAAAAAAAAACUACCGAGUAAACGGUAACCGAAAUUGUCUCUGUGAAAAUAAAAAAAAAUCAGAUUUAAAAAAAAAAUCAAAUCUUAUUCGAUAAUGUGAAGAAGUAAAAAAAAAGUAUUGUAUUUUUGUUAAAAUGUUUUCAAAAUUAAUUUAUGUGGAUCGUUUAAGCGUUGUCCAAUAUUUAUCCUUGCUCUUUUUUAACGGAAUAUUAAAUAUUAUUGUCUUUAAAAUAUGAUUAGAUAAGUGUAUGAUUAAAAGAACAGAUUUAAUAAAGCUUUGCAAAGGA